AUGGCUUCGCAACAGGAUAAGUCCUUCAUGGGCAUGCCCGGCUUUGUGGUCGACUUCUUGAUGGGUGGUGUCUCCGCCGCCGUCUCGAAGACCGCUGCCGCCCCCAUCGAGCGUGUCAAGCUCCUCAUCCAGAACCAGGAUGAGAUGCUGAAGUCCGGCCGUCUCGACCGCAAGUACGACGGUAUCACCGAGUGCUUCAAGCGCACUGCCCAGAACGAGGGUGUCCUCUCCCUCUGGCGUGGUAACACUGCCAACGUCAUCCGUUACUUCCCUACCCAGGCCCUCAACUUCGCUUUCCGCGACACAUACAAGUCCAUGUUCGCCUACAAGAAGGAGCGUGACGGUUACGCCAAGUGGAUGGCCGGUAACUUGGCCUCCGGUGGUGCCGCUGGUGCCACUUCCCUCCUCUUCGUCUACUCCCUCGACUACGCCCGUACCCGUCUCGCCAACGACGCCAAGUCCGCCAAGAAGGGUGGUGAGCGCCAGUUCAACGGUCUCGUAGAUGUCUACAAGAAGACCCUCGCUUCCGACGGUAUUGGCGGUCUCUACCGUGGUUUCAUGCCCUCCGUUGCUGGUAUCGUUGUCUACCGUGGUCUGUACUUCGGUAUGUACGACUCGAUCAAGCCUGUCCUCCUCACCGGUUCCCUCGAGGGUAACUUCCUUGCCUCUUUCGCUCUUGGUUGGGCUGUCACCACCGGUGCCGGUAUCGCCUCCUACCCUCUUGACACCAUUCGUCGUCGUAUGAUGAUGACCUCCGGUGAGGCCGUCAAGUACAACGGUACUCUCGAUGCUGCCCGCCAGAUCGUCGCCGCUGAGGGUGUCAAGUCUCUGUUCAAGGGUGCUGGUGCCAACAUCCUCCGUGGUGUUGCUGGUGCCGGUGUCCUGUCCAUCUACGACCAGGCCCAGCUCCUCAUGUUCGGCAAGAAGUUCAAGGGUGGAUCUGGUUAA